AUGAAAUUCUCAAGGGACGUUUCGGCCAGCCGCAGAGUAAACAGAAAGGCUCACUUUGCUGCUCCUUCCUCAGAGCGCCGCAAAUUGAUGGCUGCAUCACUCAACAAGGAACUUCGUAAGGAGCACUCAAUCCGCUCACUCCCUAUCCGUAGAGAUGAUGAAGUACUCAUCGUUAGAGGCUCAAACAAGGGUAAGGAAGGCAAGGUCGUCCAAGUCCAAAGAAACAAGUUCGCCAUUUACGUUGACAGAGUUCACCGCGAGAAGGCUAACGGUCAAACCGCUCCAACUCCAAUCAACCCAUCAAACGUCGUCAUUACUAGUUUGAAGCUCGACAAGGGUCGCCAGGCUACCAUCACAAGAAAGGCCGACGCUAAGAAGGCUGCUCUUGAGGCUCGUACUCAAACCAAGGACGUUAACAUGACUAGCGCCUAA